AUGUCAUAUAUGAAUAUUGCUUUCGGACUGCAUACUUUAGAUGAAAAUGAAUUCUGUGAUUCUACUGAGUCUAAAUAUAUUGAGCCUUCGUUUCUAAUAGACAAUCAUGGCAUCCCUAUGGAAUCUGGGAGACAAUGGAUAAUAGUCCUUAUUUGUCCAAUAUUGUCAGCUUUGUUUUUAUUCUGGGGUGUAAAAGCUAGGAUGAACCACAAAACUACAACAUUCGAUUCUGUCGUCCUUUUCACUAAUGCUUUUAUCAAUAUAUUGAUAUUGAUAGACUAGUUCUUGUAUUGUCAUCAAAUGUUUUUAAUAACUUCCUAUACUGUGGUUUCUACUAUGUCACUUUACAUUUUCUUCAAAUUUUCAAGAAUAGUAUUCUAUUUACUAGAAAAGAGAAACCUUGUAAAAAUAGUGCUUCUACCUUAUUCAAUAACUGUGACGACAUUAAUUGCAUUGAUGGAACUAUUGGCUCUUAUUGGAAGCAUCACCGAGGGUGAAAAUGAUGAUCCUAAUGAAUACAGUUAUUACUGGAACGUGAUAAAAAUUGCAUCUAUUGUCAUAAAUACAAUCAAUUUUGUGGCUGUAUUCUUGAUCUAUAGAAUAUUUACCAAGAACAGAGAGGAAAAAAUGAAGAAGGAAAUCGAUCGAGAGACUUUUGCCUCUAAUUUCAUAGAUAUGAGAAUAAAUCAAUUAAAAUAUCUUUCAAUAGCGUAUUUAGUCUUUACUAUUUACGGAAUCAUCUAAAUGAUUCUACUAUAUUCAAUUCCAAACUUAGUCUACCUUAAAUGCUUUUAAAAUUGCAAUGUUCCCUAAGAUGAUGAAUCAGCAGCGUACUUGCUGAUUUCAACAAUAAUGUUCAUAUAAAUGACCAUUGCACUAGCUUACAUAUUCUAUAUUCUCCCCAGGAACUUCAAUAUCAGAUUGCGAAACCGAGACUCAUUGCAUGCUAGUUUUGGAAUUAAAUUAGACAUUGAUGAAGAUAAUCAUGAAGAUAAAAAUUCUAAUAAGCAUAAUGAAAUGUAAAAGAAUUCAGGUGACUUCUAAAAAUUUGAAGGUGAUGAACUAGAACUCAUAAAUGAACUUAAUUUAAACUACAGCCAAAAUGUAAAACGCUCAUCAAAUGCUUCUGGAAAAUAACUAAUUGCAACAAUAGAUCCCAAUCAAUUUUUAGCAGGAAAUCAAUCUUAAGUCUACCAGCAUGUUUAACUAGACUUAUCAUUGGACAUUUAAACUAAUAGUCAUAGCUAUACAAUAAACGAUGAUGAUUCUUAUAAAUAAGAACAGUAAAAGCUUGCUAGUAAAAAGAAGAGAUCAAAAUUAAAUGCUAUUACCGCUAACUCCAGGUCCUCACUAGUUUGA